AGUCUUGUACAUACAACUUUAUAAAUUGUGCUGCCAGUAACUGCCUAUCGUAUUGCAUUUUGAUAUUUUUGAAAAUUCCGAUUUAUUGAUGAAAAAGUGAAUUCAAUUUUAUUAAAGCUAUAGAAAACAGGAAUGGCCUUCAGUGAAGUUUGUAGAAUUUGUUUAUGCGUUAAUGUUCGCAUGCUUGUACUAAAGAAGACUAGUCUCCGAAAUUUGUACAAAACAUUGACGAACAAUUUUAUGGAUGAGGAUGAGGAGCCCAUAAUUGUUUGUUUCACCUGUCAUGCAAGACUCAUUCGUUGCAGAACAUUACAACAACUGGCUAUUGAGUCAAAAGCAGUUCUGGAGCAGUUGGUUGCAGGAGGGUCCAUGUCAAUACCAAAAUCGCAUGAGGCUAGAGAUAAGAUUCAAUUCACACCAAUUAGUCAUAUAGAUAUCAGGCCAGUAGAGUGUGAUAUAGAAAAUGAUAUAGAAUGUAACAACGAAAUGUUUAGCCUUGAAUCUGUUAAAGUUGAGGAAGAGAAUUUCGAAAAUGAGAAUUACAAUUUUGAACAAAAUGGGAAUCAUGAAACAGAAACUUCUGAGAAGAAGAUUAAUUCAAAUUCUACUGAUUUUAACAUAAGCGAUGUUCGUGAAGAAGACCUCGACUUUGAAGGCCCUCCUAUUGAAUCAAACCCUAAAAUGAAAAAAGAUAAUCUACCGAUUAAUAAAAAAGAAAAGCAUCCUGCAAAGAUUAUGAAAAACAACAUUUUGAAACAAAAGAGUGUAAAUAUACUUAAGAAAAAAACAUCUGGGACAUCAACUAAAUACAUUUUUGAAUCUGAUGGUUGUAGUAAAAAACUUUCAACAAAAGAUAUUCUCGCCAAACACAUUUCAUACAGUCAUAAGUCGCAAAAGAACUCGGACACCACUGCAGUUCGGACACAAGUAGAACAAACUCCAGUACCACAACAAACAGAAAUAUUUAAUUGUGAUAUUUGCGAAUUUAAAACAUCUCAAAAACACAUUUUGGCACAUCUUAAAGCGCACGUCGCUAAACAAAUGUACUGUUGUAAUAAUUGUGAAUAUAAAUGUAUUAGAAAAAGUCAGUUGCGAAAACAUAUGAAAAUACAUACCGGAGAAAAACCUUUUUCAUGUAAUGUCUGUGAAUAUAGAUGUAUUACAAAAAGUCGUUUGCAAGACCAUAUGAAAAUACACACCGGUGAAAAACCUUUUUCGUGUAAUAUUUGUGAAUAUAGAUGUAUUACUAAAAGAAAUUUCCAAAGACAUAUGAAAAUACACACUGGUGAAAAACCUUUUUCGUGUAAUAUCUGUGAAUAUAGAUGUAUUACAAAAAGGAAUUUGCAAACCCAUAUGAAAAUACAUACUGGAGAAAAACCUUUUUCGUGUAAUAUCUGUGAAUAUAGAUGUAUUACAAAAAGUUAUUUGCAAACCCAUAUGAAAAUACAUACUGGAGAAAAACCGUUUUCGUGUAAUAUCUGUGAAUGUAGAUGUAUUACAAAAAGUCAUUUGCAAAUACAUAUGAAAAUACACACCGGUGAAAAACCAUUUUCGUGUAAUUUCUGUGAAUAUAGAUGUAUUGCAAAGAGUAGUUUGAAAACACAUGUGAAAAGACACACCGGUGAAAAGCCUUUUUCGUGUAAUAUCUGUGAAUAUAGAUGUAUUACAAAAAGUGAUUUGCAAAAACAUAUGAAAAUACAUACUGGUGAAAAGCCUUUUUCGUGUAAUAUUUGUGAAUAUAGAUUUAUUAGAAAAUAUGAUAUGCAAAGACAUUUAAAAACACACACUGAUGCAAAACCUUUUUCGUGAGCUAUCUGGUAAAAUAUGUACCGACGGCUCCGUGGCGCAGUGGCUUAGCAAUGAGUUGCUGCGCUGGGGGGCGCGGGUUCGAAUCCCGCACGGAACAAGUAUUUGUAUGGCCUACAAGAAAUUGUUCCGUGUCUGGAUGUUUGUCCUUGUGCAAUUUGUGUUUAUAAACUGCCUCCACGAUACAGGAGAAAAUCCUAGUGUGGGGGUAACGUUUUUAACAAAAAGAAAAGAAAAAUUGUAUAAACGUGUUUUAUAUAAAUAUAUGUGUACCAGAUAAAAAUCUAUGUUUUGUGAAUUUGUGAUGUAAUUAUAUGACAAAUAGAAAAACCUUUCCGUGCCUUAUGUGCAAAUUGAAACUGCAUUUAUUCUGAAGAAAUUAACUCAAUAUCUAAUUUGAAAAUUAUUAAGAAUAAUUCAAAAACUAUUGGUCAGACCUUGAUCAAAUUUAUAUGGGAUCACAUGUGAAGCACCAACUUUC